UAAAAUUUGCACUGCCCCUCUCCCUAUCUUCUUACCCUAUCUUUUUUGUUCUAACACCUCUUUUUCUCAUUUCCUUCUCUCUGCCAAAACAAACCUCGCUCCUCCAAACCCCUCCCCAUGGCGUCAAAAGGGUUCUGAGGGUUUAUCUUCUGCAACUGGAGGAGUCACACAGUAUAUGAGAUUCUAUGAGAGUCCUAUAUUUGGUAUAUUUUUUGAACCGUGCCAAGAUUUUGAAGCAGAUAGAAAUAUGGGUGUGGUUGAGCCUGGUAAUUGUUGGGAUGCGGUCGCCAAUGGCGUCGCAGGAGACGAAGAGUUUGAGAACAUACUCAGUAUUUUGGAUUUUCCUAUGGAGAGUUUGGAUGGGGAUGGAUUUGUGGAGGAUUGGGAUAUCAGCAAGUCACAGUCUCUUGGGCCUAUACCAUCCAAUGUGCUAUUCGGCCCGCCUAUGAUACCUAAUGGCAAAAUCGAUACCGGCCCUCCGAAUUUGUUGCCCGGACCAGUUGCUCCUAUUGCCGCAGCUCCAGAGCACAAGCUGCCAUCCACCUAUGUUGAAGCCUCUGGCUCACAUAUGCUCCAACAGAAUAAAUUUGUUGACGUCCAGGAGUCCGGUUUCUUCCAGACUCAGAGUCCUGUUUCCGUUCUAGAAAGCGGUGGGUCCUGCUCAGCAGGCAAGAACUUGCCUAUCAAAUCCCAUAACGCUAUUCCUGUUCGAACGAGAUCAAAACGAGUUAGACAUGCGGGCAUAAACCCAUGGCUUUUGGUAUCACCUUGGUUCGCUGCCACAUCCACUUCCAAAAGGACUUCAAAUGCCAGGAAACAUAAAGAGGCGAGGAAGAAACUAUCUCAACCAUCAGUUGUCGUGAAAUCCACAAGAGACUCUCCCGAAAAGGUUGAGAAUUCACUACAGGUAUCCGAUUAUGGGGAGCCACAGAAUGUUUCUUCACAUCGUCCUGCACUUGCUAAAAAGUGCACACAUUGUGAAGUAACAAAGACACCACAAUGGAGGGAGGGGCCGUUGGGCCCAAAGACUCUAUGCAAUGCGUGUGGAGUUCGAUACCGAUCGGGACGGCUCUUCCCGGAAUAUCGACCAGCUGCAAGUCCGACAUUUGUCCCAUCUCUACACUCAAACUCCCACAAGAAAGUCAUAGAGAUGAGAAGCAAAGCUAAACAGCCGGCAACUAAACUUGAGGAACCCCCGAUAUCCCCACAGCCAGAGUUCGUUCCAAUGAGUAGCUAUUUGUUCGAUUAUAUUCACUGAAACGGAUGCCGUCUCUCCUGGUUAGCAAAACAAUUUAGUACUAAUUUUGUUCCGAACCGUUUUUCCUUUUUUCCUGAGACGUGGGGCGUUGGUUCUCCCGUAUGGUGACAUGUAGUUAGGAUCGUGUACAAAAAUGGAACUGGAGUCUAGAGUAGGAUAAUGUUGGAAAAUGGAGCUAGCUUCAUUUAUGUUCGCUAGAUUAGAACGAUGAAAAGCUGGAAUUAGGUCAUGGAGUUUCAGUUGUUGUGUUAUGUCAGCUCCUCAGAGCAUUGAAUCAUUAUUUUCGUUUAGUUGGUCGGUAAUUCUUGUUCCCUUGGUGGUAAGAAUUUGCAGUUCAUAUGUUCAAUGUU